AUGGCAACUGGUGAGAAUAGUUAUUUAACUGCAGAUGAAGCAGAUCAUCAUACAUCAUCUUCAUCAUUGAAACGAUUUAUUACACUAUCGUCCGAUGAUGAAGAGAAAGAAUCUAAUAAACAGAUGGUCAAACGUCAACGUGCAUCUUCAUUACCGAAAGCAUCACCGUUGAAAUUAAUGAAUAAACAAGCAAUGAUUCGCAAUACCAGACAAACAUCGCUGUCGAUUAUAAGAACUGACGUUAAUACUGGUGAAAAUAAAUGGAAUUUAAACACGAUGACAACCCAGAUUACAACUAAACAAUCAAAGAAAAAAACAACGCAAACGAAAUUAGCGACAUUUUUUAGUUCGAAGUCUUCUAGUCCGCUAGUACGAACGACUUCUUUGCCGACAGUUAUUAAAAAGGAGUCAAUCACCGAGAAAACCGAUACAGUCUCUCUGGAAGGAUUUGAUAUUGAUGCAAACGAGAUCUUCUCUCAAUGGACUGAUGAAUUGUCAAAUACAUCUUCUACUACUCCAACAAAACCCACUGUAGAUAGUAAAUCAAUAUGGAAGCAAAUUUUCAAUAAGCCGGUCAAAUCGAAAGCAGACGAUCAAGAAUUGAAAGAGCAAUGGUCGAAAUUAGAUAAAGAACAACCGACAGGUGGUAAUCACCAUGGAUUUCGUGGAUCAACUAGUGAUAUGAAAAGAAACUGUCCGUUCUAUAAGAAAAUACCAGGAACAACAUUUUGUGUUGAUGCAUUUAACUUUGGAAAUAUCGAUGGCAUUCAAGCGUAUUUUCUCUCACAUUUUCAUUCGGAUCAUUACGGUGGAUUGAACAAAAAGUUUUCUAAUAUGCUCUAUUCAAAUCAAAUAACUUGUAAUCUAUGCAAAAGUCAAUUAGGUGUUCGACCGGAAAAUAUGACAGUUCUCCCAAUGAAUACGUUUACAAAUGUCCAUGGGAUUGAUGUUGCUCUUCUCGACGCCAAUCAUUGUCCUGGCUCUAAUAUGUUUUUAUUUCGAUUUCCGAAUGGUAAAUUAAUUUUACAUACAGGCGAUUUCCGUGCAGCAUCACAUCUUAUGGCACAUCCAUUACUUCAACCGAAUCAAAUCGAUACAAUCUAUCUUGAUACGACGUAUUGUGAUUCGCACUACCGUUUUCCUUCACAGGACGAAGUGAUCCAAAGUGCAGUUGAAUUAGUUUCAGAACAGCUCGAACAAAAUCCAAGAACUUUGGUAGCCGUCGGAACGUAUCUUGUUGGAAAAGAACGAGUCUUCCACGCCAUUGCUAAAGCACUCGAGUGCAAAAUAUUUGUCGAAGCAAGAAAAUUUCGAAUAUUAAAUCAAUUGGAAGAUGACGACUUAUCAAACCGUUUAACAACAAAGGCUGAUGAAACGAAUGUUCAUGUAGUCGGAAUGGGUUCCGUAACUCCACCGAUGUUGCAAACACAUGCGGAUAAGCACUCAUUGAAAUACACGAAAAUUAUUGGAAUCAAGCCAACCGGUUGGACAACUCCUCGAACAACAGGCGGAACGAAGCAUUACUCAAUCGAAUCAAAGUCAUCCAACACUACUAUCUAUGGCUUUCCUUACAGUGAACAUAGUUCUUUUGAUGAAUUAAAAGCUUUUAUCGAAUAUCUCAAGCCUAAACGAAUCAUUCCAACAGUGAAUGUGGGCCGUGCAAACGUGCGUGAAAAAAUGAAUGGCUAUUUUAAACAAUGGUUAUCUACCUGA